GUCCCGUACAGGACGAGAACACAUACCUGCACCAGCGCGCAGCUUCGCGCCGUCUGCCUGCAAUCUUUGAUGCUGCGCUGUGCGGCCCGAAAAGCCUCGUCGCGCUGUUCCGUUGACGCUCUGCAUGCGGCAUUGCGAUCGACGUCGCUCGGGCUCUGCUGGGCGCGUAACUGCACCACCUUCAGCAGAACACCAAUGGCGACUGAAAGAGCCCGGCUGCCACAUGAGGAGCGGACUGCGGCGGAGCCAAGAGCGGACGCGAUACAUGACGUGAUUCUUGAUCAGGUGGAGGAUGUCAACGACUCCAUCAAGCUGUUCAAGCUCAAGAUCAAGGACUCGCGCAACGGUGUCGAGUUCUCUGCAGGUCAGUGGCUCGAUGUCUUUGUGCCAGGUCUCUCCAAGGCCGGCGGGUUCACCUUGACGUCGACGCCGAGGCAGGCUCUCCCGCCGACUCCAUUUCUAGAGCUCGCCGUCCAAAAGAGCCCUGAGAACCCGCCUGCAGCCUGGCUGUGGCAGAAGACAUCGUCCAUACUUGGCUCCGAGCUCAAGGUCAGGGUUGGUGGAAGCUUCACUUGGCCGCCCUUCGGCUGGUCGAGAGACCGGAUCGAGGGCAUCAAGAAAGUGAUUUUUGUCGCUGGAGGCGUUGGAAUAAAUCCCCUGAUCUCGAUGCUCGCGCAUAUGCACGACACUUCGUCCGCGCUUCCUGAGAUCCACUUUCUCUACUCCACCAAGCCGCCCCUCACGGAGAAGCAGAACAUAGAUCCAGGCAAGAUCCUCUUCCUAUCCCGCCUCACCGAAAUGGCAGGCCAACAUCCGGACCGACUGGACCUCACGCUCUUCCUGACGUGCCGCGAGUACAAGAAGAUUAAGGAUCCGCAGACCUUGGGUUGGUUCCACGACCGGAGAAUCGAGGAGACGGACCUGAGGCACGCGCUCGGAGAGAAUGUGUCGGAGAGAAGCGGCACUGUCGUGUACGUGUGCGGACCGCCAAAGAUGACGGAUGAGAUUGUCGCCUGGUUUGGAAAGCAGGACGGACUGAGUGACGAACGCAUAUUUUGCGAAAAAUGGUGGUGAGAGCAACGUGUGCAAGGGGAAAGUAUAUAUAUGUAUAUAUAUAAUAGGAAUAAAAGCAAAAGUCAAACACGAA